UCCUCGAGAAGGUGCCUAUAUUAAUGGACUGUUUAUGGAAGGUGCUCGUUGGGAUAUGCAAUUAAAUUCCAUAGCCGAUGCUUAUCUGAAGGAAUUAUUCCCAGCCAUGCCGGUUAUAUUUGUCAAGGCGGUGCAAAAAGACAAACAGGAUACAAAGAAUAUUUAUGAAUGUCCUGUUUAUAAAAUAAGACAACGUGGUCCCACUUAUGUUUGGACAUUUAAUUUGAAGACCAAGGAAAAGGCUGGCAAAUGGACAUUGGCGGGUGUUUGUCUGCUGUUACAAAUUUAAAAUGUUUACUCAGCAGUCGAUUUCAGAGCAGCAUGAAUCUCAGAACAUCAGAAUCCAUUAUC